CCCGCUGGCGCGCGUGCGGGGGGUGGUGGCAGCCGGCCGGGUGGCGGGCGGCGGGGACACGUGACCGGGGCGGCGCGCAGUCUUCCGCCUCGGCCGGGUGCGGGCCUUCCUGAACGCCCGCCUCCCCGCAGGCCCAGGCCGAGGUCUGGCAUUCAGUGACAGAGGCGGGCGCCCACGGCCCGAGCGACCUCGGCGGCACCAUGCCCGCACUUCUGGAGCGUCCCAAGCUUUCCAACGCCAUGGCCAGGGCUCUGCACCGGCACAUCAUGAUGGAGCGGGAGCGCAAGCGGCAGGAGGAAGAAGAGGUGGACAAGAUGAUGGAACAGAAGAUGAAAGAAGAGCAAGAGAGGAGGAAGAAAAAGGAGAUGGAAGAGAGAAUGUCACUAGAGGAGACCAAGGAACAAAUUCUGAAGUUGCAGGAAAAGCUUUUGGCCCUACAGGAAGAGAAGCACCAGCUUUUUCUGCAACUCAAGAAAGUUUUACAUGAGGAAGAAAAACGGAGACGAAAAGAGCAGAGCGACCUCACCACUCUGACAUCAGCUGCGUACCAGCAGAGCCUGACGGUUCACACGGGAACUCACCUCCUCAGCAUGCAGGGGAGCCCUGGAGGACACAACCGCCCAGGCACUCUCAUGGCAGCUGACAGAGCAAAACAGAUGUUUGGACCCCAAGUGCUUACGACUCGGCACUACGUGGGCUCAGCAGCUGCUUUUGCAGGGACCCCAGAGCAUGGGCAAUUCCAAGGCAGCCCAGGGGGUGCCUAUGGGACUGCUCAGCCCCCACCUCACUAUGGGCCCACACAGCCGGCCUACAGUCCCAGUCAGCAGCUCAGAGCACCUUCAGCGUUUCCUGCAGUGCAGUACCUGUCUCAGCCACAGCCACAGCCCUAUGCCGUGCACGGCCACUUUCAGCCCACCCAGACAGGGUUCCUCCAGCCUGGUGGGGCCCUAUCCUUGCAAAAACAGAUGGAACAUGCUAAUCAGCAGACUGGCUUCUCUGACUCAUCCUCCCUGCGCCCCAUGCACCCCCAGGCUCUCCACCCAGCCCCUGGACUCCUUGCCUCCCCCCAGCUCCCUGUGCAGAUGCAGCCAGCCGGAAAGUCGGGCUUUGCAGCAACCAGCCAGCCUGGCCCCCGGCUCCCCUUCAUCCAGCACAGCCAGAACCCACGGUUCUACCACAAGUGACCAUCAGACUGUCUUCAUCCUCAGCCCCCCCAUGUAUCCCAGGCCAAUAAAAUCUACCUGCCACUGCC